AUGAUUGCCAAAGAUGGUCUACCUCUUAAUAUAACAGAAAAAGAAGGUUUUCAAGCUUACUCAAAAGUUGCUACUCCAUUAUUCAAGUUACCUAGCAGAAGAAGUAUAACCAGGAUGUUAGAUGAUAAGUAUGAUAUGAUUACUGAGAUAUACCGAAAUCUUAUAGAUUCUGUUCAAAAUAUUACAUUAACAACAGACGCCUGGACUGAUAUCUUAAAUAGUAAAAGCUACUUAGGAGUUACUAUGCAUUUUAUACAAAAUUUGCAAUUAGUUUCUGUAGUAUUGGAUGUACAUACGCUAUCUGAGCGACACACAGCUGACUAUUUAAGAGAAACCAUAACCAAAGUUCAAAAAUCUUGGAAUAUUUCCAAUUCUAAAGUUGUAUGA